AACGAAUUUUACCAAAUGGAAGGCAUGAAAUACCAUUUUCUUUUACAUUACCAAAAACAUUACCGACAUCAUUUGAGGGAGAUUUUGGUUUUAUUCGAUAUACAUGUAAAGCAAUAUGUGAACGUUCAUGGGAUGUUGAUAUUAUAUCGAAACGAGCAUUUACAGUUAUCGGUAUUGAGGAUAUUAAUCAGGAUCCCGAGGCAAUGGAACCGGUAUGUGAAACGGAAUGUAUUUCAUCGGUGAGACUUUGCUGUCAAAAGCAAGGCUCUGUAGCAGUGAAAAUGUCGGUUGAUCGAACUGGAUUUACACCUGGUGAAAAAAUUCGAGUAAAUACUGUUGUAACUAAUAAUAGUACCAAAAUGAUACGAUGUUUAACAUUGAA